CCUCACCAUCUGGAGGCGGCGAGUGACGGUGAGCGGCGUGAUUGGGCGAAUGCAUCCGCUGCUUUGUUCCCCGCCUCCGACGUCGGACCUUCCAACGACACGAGUUCGACAUGGCACUUGCUACACAUACUCUACGGGUAGAAUCGUGUUCAAUGCAACGACUCCGCCCUCGUUAAUAUGCGAUACGAAUCAAAUGAUGGCGUGGCUGGACCCUCAUACCUGCUUCCAUGACAUGUAUUACGUACCUAGGUAGCUGAAUUGGCCAUGUAGCAACACCGUUUACUGCCUUUGCGGGAAAUGCUCCUCCUGAUGCUGCCCGGCGGUUAGCCCACUCCAACCACUCAUCUACCGGACCCAUCUGCCCACCUAUACAACUCAAUAUCUACAUGCUGAUGCACUACAACGGCCAUGAACCCUCCGCCGCACAUCCCUGAACCUGCACGCAGCCAUGGCCGGGCCCCAAGCGGUGAUGAGCGACGCCGAAUCGCCAUCCCUCGCCGCUCCACCAAGGGCCCUCUGGAUAUAGAUGAUCCGCUGUCGGAGGAGCCCUCGUCGUCCUUACCACCGCUCUCUACACUGCACCAGCAACAUCAUGCACGCGUCUUAUCGCCCACACGCGCAGAGUCGCCGGCCUCGUCGCAACACCAGCGCCAUGGAAGCGUCAAGAGUCCCGUGGUCGUUGACAUGGAAAUGCCCGCCAAGGACUUUUCCUUCAUCCAAGAUCCCCAAGCCUACCAUGUCCUCCCGGCCUCCAACAUCCCACCUCCGUUCCUGAACGCUCCCACCAACCCGUCUCUCUCGUCCCCCGUCGACACGCUGCUGCUUUCAGGCCACUUCCGCCUUGCCGCCAUCGCCGCAUCCCGGAACAUCUUGCAAGCCGCCUCCCCUACCGACUAUGAGACCCUGCUGCACCUCUUGCACAUCCGCCUCGCAUGCCUGUGUUUAAUAUCAGAACAUGCUUUGGCCGCUCAGGAAUCCAAAGUUCUGGGUGACCUGACGAGCACCUUCUACCGCCAUCCCCUCACAAACACCCAUCUGGCUCCCUGGGACCUACGCCUCCUCGUAGUCCGUCUCGCGGCCCUGGGUUUUGGAGAAUGGCGAAAGGGCAUCAUGGGCUACUAUGAACUGGCUCGCGAGUGCCGCGAAAACAUCAUCAAAGCCGAUUCAGACGAGGACAAGGCACUAUGGCGCACAAGGCUCCGCGACUGCGGGAUCCGCGUGGCCAACGUCCUAGUCGAGAUGGGAGACCUGGAAAGCGCAGGGCGCCAUCUCAGCACCCUCCCGCAGCACUCCUCGAGCGAACACGACAACGACAUCCGCGUCAUGGAGAUCCUGGUCCGGCUACGCUUGGGCGAUCUGGCAGCGGCGAAACGCCUCCUCUCCCUCUCGCAACCUUCCGAUCCUCCAUCACCGCCAUCAGAUAGCAACUCAGACGACAAUGACGACCUCAUCACCGGUACGCUGAAAGCACUAACCCAUCUCGCCUCCUCCGCCUACACAGAAGCAGCAUCCCUCUUCCGCACCCUGCACACGCGCUUCCCAUCCGACGCCAUGGUCGCCCAGAAUCUCGCCGUCUGCCUCUUAUACACGGGCGACAUCGCCGCAGCGAAGAAACUCCUCACUGAUGUCGUGGACGCUGGGUCUCCCUUCCACUCCAGCGUCUUCAAUCUGUGCACCGUGUAUGAGCUCUGCACAGAGCGGAAUCGCGAGAGAAAAGUGCAGCUUGCGGAGAAGUUGGCGGCCAGGGAUGGCAAGGCCGAGAAGGGCGCUGUCGGGUGGGAGGUUCUGAGCGCGGAUUUCAAACUUUGAUCAUGGCCGUUGUCUCGAGUCUGAGUGUGAUGGGUUGAUGGAAAUGGUAUCG